UUUUGAUCCUAAUUGCCUUUAAAAUAUGUCCUCCAUCAUCAGAAAAGGCUACACGAACAUGUUAAAGGCACCAUUUUCACCAGAGUGUCUUCAACAAACAACUCCUUAAAAUAUUUUAUUACAUGCAUUAAAAAAAAAUUUAAAGUGAGUUUUCCUGAAAUGUCUUCAACAGCUGAUGAGCUGAUUUGUGUGCAGCAGAAAAUUAAGGCAUUUAGUUAUUACUGGCUGCACAAUUAAGCACCAACAGUUUUUUUUUAUUUGGUUCGUUUAUACAUCUGAGUAAUUUGAAGGUUUAUGAGGCAGCAGAUAGUGGUGCAAAAGUAUACAUCCACUUAAUAACCAGCUGUGAAAUUCAAUUAAAAAGCAGCUGACUUCAAAUUUUUUUUUUAAGCAAUGCUUUUACUUUUUUUUUAAUUUUGUAGAUUUUCAGUUAAAUACAAACUUUAUCAACGGAAAAAUUUGCAGAUAAAACAUAUCUAGAAUGAAGACAUUCAAGUAAACCUGCAGUCGAUUUUACCGGGCUGUAAAUAUGUGACUGCAGUGGUUUGACUUCAUUGUGUUUUAUUCUUUUCUGCGGGAAAAAAAAAGGAAAAAAAAGGAAAGACUCAGCAGCAGCUGGCUUAUCAUAUUUUGCCACGCUGAAAGGAGGAGGCUGUGAGGUUUUUACACUUCAGCCUCCUGGGGCAGUAAAAAAAGAUGACUUACAGCCAUUUGCUUUACUGUCCCUGCAAAGGGCCAACCUCAUCAUGGUCAGCUCCACCGCCCUUCCCCCUCAUCCUUGAGUUAACUGCCUGUCCACACCAGAAUGAGCUGGCUGUAAACCACACCAGGUCUAUUAAUUAAUUAAUGUACCCUAACUGCAAGGCUGGCUCCCUCCUUUGUGGAGGAGCAGUUCUCGACGAGCUACAGGGGUGAAUUCUGGGGGUUUGGUUCCUGCGGUGUUGUAGCAGAAAAGGCAACAGAUAAAGAAGCAGAUAGCUUUGGAUUGGAGGAAAGCGGCGGCACUGCUCCCACCAUUAAUCACCUGAAGGGCCAUUGUGGUCUUGUCCUGCAUACGGCGCCAGUGCAAGCAGACACACAAGCAGAGAACGAAGAAGAAGGAGGAAGAGGAGGAGACGGGACAGGGUGCUGUGAGAGAAUGGUUGGGGAGCAGCCCGUGUGCCCACCUCAGCUUCUGCUUCGGGGCUGGGGAACAGUGCUGCUGUCCCAGUGCUUGCCCUCCGUCUUCUCCCAGAUCCCGGAUCCUGAGCUUUUACCCACAGAUCCCCCGAAGAAGCCGGACCCCAUCACUUCAGAGUCAGUCGUUUUCUGGGGGCUGCGAUUAUGGCAGGUCAUUGGCAUCUUUGCAAUGUUUGCUUUGGCAAUCGUUAUCACGCUCUGCUGUAUUUUUAAGUGCCGCAUCCCGAGGACUAAAAAGGAAAUUGAGGCGCGGCACGCUCAAAGACAAGCUGCCAAGAAAUAUGCCAACACAUUAGAGACAGUGCCACCUCUCAACGAGCUGACGGAGAUCCCAGGAUCGGUGCCAGAUGCCUCUGCAGUGCCAACUGUGUCUGAGCAGGUUCAGGCUCAGAGUGCUCACAGCAGCCCGCCUUCAGUACUUAGUGUCGGCGAGGAGCAGCCCAGCUCGCUGUCUUUGCCAGAAACAGAAUGAUAUUUUCCUCUUUUCCACCUUCUCUUAUCUUCCUUCAAACAUUCCUCUCUGACUAAGCCGCUUUAGAAAACAUGGGCUUUGCGGUGACAGUCCCUCCCUAAAGUCCCCUUUGUGCAUUUAUCACACAUGCUUUCAUCUCGUCUAGCAUUCAGUCCACUCGGGACCAGAUGCAUGAAUGAUGACUUAACGCAGAAACCAUGCACAGACCUGCACAAACUCCUAUUCCAGAAAAGACAGAAUAGAGUCAUGGGUAUUAUCUGUCACUGCUGUGCAAAUUUCACACUUGCUGUGAUCUUACAACCUUUUCUGACAGCAGUCAUCUGUUUCCCCAGAUGUUAGAAAAAAAAAAACAUGUUUUGGGGUCCAAAUACAUGUCCAGUGCUUAUGAUUCAUUAAAAUAUUUUGCACAGCUCUUUAAAUCAAGUGAAAAAGAAACAAAUUAACAACCAUGUUUUUCUGCGAACAAAGGUUUAAGGCACACAAUACAUACAUUUUGUGCAUAUUGCACUGAGGAAAAUUGGUCACACGUGAAUAUGUAUGGAAAAAGGAAAAAAUUGUGGUCUCUACAUGGAAAUGUGAUGUAUUACGAAUAAAUCACGUUAAAAUCCCGAAAGAAGUACGAAUAAACCACGCAAAGAACACGUAAAUCAACAUAGAACAUGAACGGUGUGAUUAUUUAGCUGUGUUUAUAUGCAACUGAUUACUUAUUGGUGCGUUGAUUACGUAAUUCUAAUCUGACAUGUGUGCUGUAUGUGCAAUGUAAAAGUUAUCCAUUUGUGGUACAUGCGUGAAAAGUUUGUUGUGUCCAAUUGUGCAAGUUCUCCCUCUUAAAAAUAGGAGAGAGGCCUGUUAUUUUCAUCAUAGUUAUGCCACAACGAUGGCAGACAAAGUGCGAGAGAAAAUCCAGAAAAUCACAUUGUCUAAUUUUUAAAGAAUGUAUUUGUAAAUUAUGGUGGAAAAGAAAUAUUUGGUCGCCUACCAACAAGCACGAUUUGUGGCUCUCACAGACCUGUAACGUCUUCUGUAAGAGGAUACUUUGUCCUCCACUCGUUACCUGUAUUGAUGACACCUGUUUGAACUGGUUGUCUAUUCAUGACACCUGUUCACAACCUCAAACAGUCACACUCCAAACCCCACUAUGGCCAAGACCAAAGAGCUGUCAAAAGACACCAGAAACCAAAUUGUUG